UUUUUAUUAGCUUAACCAUAUGUACGCCCUCGUGUGUGGUAUAAAUAUGUGUGCGGACAGAAGGAGAAUUCAUAUUCAUUCGACACAUUGGAAUAAUUUCUCCUUACCUCCAAAGGAACUAAAAUAAGCCAACAUGAAAGUGCUGAUCCUUGCAGUAACCCUCUUCGCAGUGGCCUUCGCUGACGACAUGGAGGUCGCAGAAUCUUACCCAGUCGCCACUUACCACCAAGGACCAUCACAUGCCGCUUCCUCUGCCGGACACGCAUACGGAGCCCAUGGACAACACAGCGCCGGAUAUGGAGCACAUGGAGCAUCACACUAUGGUGACCACGGAAGAUACGCCGAUGCCGCACACGCUGCUCAUGGACACCACAAUGCUGGCGCAUACGCUUCUCAUGAUGCUCAAGGAGCUCAAGCUGCUCACUAUGGCAAAUACAGAAACGUUGGAGCUUACGCCUCAGACAAGGGUACCGGAUAUGAAAAGGCAUACGCUUACGACAAGCAAGCUGGACACCAUGGAGUCGUUGCUGACCACGGUGCACACCAAGCUAGCUAUGGAACCCAUGGCAGACAAGCACACCACAAUGUUGGAGCCCACGGUAGCGCUGGACAUGCCCGUUAUGGUGCCCAUGACAGAUAUGGUGCUCAAGCUCAUGGAGUUCAAGCUCAUGAUAGCUCUGCUUAUGGCCGAUACGGAAGUGCCCACGCUCAAAUGGUUCACGCUGCUCCAGCAGUCCACCACACUUAUGCCGCCCCAGCUCCAGUAGCUCAUCACGGAUACGCUCCAGCUCCAGUAGCUCAUCACGGAUACGCUCCAGCACCUGUAGCUCAUCACGGAUAUGCUCCAGCUCCAGUACACGCCAGAUACUAAAUAUAAGGAAUUGGUGACAAACUGAAGAAUUGAAAUGUGGGGACGUCUCGGUGUUCAUUCUUCGUCUUAGAAGAUUGCACAAUUGACGAUGACCGCAUUGUUAUUAAGGAUGCAUCAAAUAAUCCAUCUCAGAAUAUUUGAAAACUCCACUAAUUUAUUAUGUGUGUAAUUUCUGUUGAAUCAUUAAAUUUGAUCUAAAAAAAUUA